UUCACCUGAGGAGAAAACAAUCAGGAUUUAUUACCCUACCACCACUCCAAACUCCCCCUUUCUCCCCCCCCCCUCCCUCCCUCUCGGACUCGGCUUAUGUGACACAUUAACGAAAACGAGCGAAACAUGACGGAGCUGAGGAGGCGAGGCGCCGGCGGAGGAGACCCGGACAGCACCGACAAUACCAGCGACAAGGAGGCAGAUGGGGACGACAGGCUGGGCCUGCAAGGCGACGCGGAGGGAGAAAGCGACUCCAAAUCCGACGCUCCGGAUGUUCCCCUCUCCACGGACAACACGCCGCAGUACCUGAACAAGGCUCUGGAGGGCCUGCCGCCCAGAUGGAAGAACUACUGGAUCCGAGGGGUUCUGUCCGUGGCCAUGAUCUCCGGCUUCUGCGUCAUCAUCUACAUGGGACCCUUCGCUCUAAUAUUGGUGGUCAUGACUGUCCAGAUCAAGUGUUUCCAGGAGAUCAUCGGCUACCGAGUGUACCACUCCUACGAGCUGCCCUGGUUCCGGACGCUGAGCUGGUACUUCCUAAUUUGCGUCAACUAUUUCUUCUACGGGGAAACGGUCGCAGAUUACUUUGGGGCUCUGGUGCAGAGGGAGGAGCCUCUGCAGUUCCUGUCUCGCUACCACCGCUUCAUCUCCUUCGCCUUGUACCUCGCAGGUUUCUGCAUGUUUGUGCUGAGUUUAGUGAAGAAACAUUACCGCCUGCAGUUUUAUAUGUUUGCGUGGACUCAUGUGACGUUGCUGAUCGUGGUGACUCAGUCGCACCUCGUCAUCCAGAACCUGUUUGAAGGAAUGAUCUGGUUCAUUGUCCCGAUCUCCAUCGUCAUCUGCAACGACAUCAUGGCCUACCUGUUCGGCUUCUUCUUCGGGAGGACUCCGCUGAUCAAGCUCUCCCCCAAGAAGACUUGGGAGGGCUUCAUCGGAGGUUUCUUUGGCACGUUGAUCUUCGGCUUCUUCCUGGCCCACCUGCUGUCUCAGUUCCAGACCUUCGUGUGCCCUGUGGGCUUCAACAGCGACACCAACGGCUUCAUGGUGGAGUGCGAGCCGUCGGAGAUCUUCGUUAUGACGGAGUACACGCUGCCCGCCGCGCUGCAGAACAUUCUGGCAUGGAAGACCGUGAAGAUGUACCCGUUCCAGAUCCACAGCGUCUUCCUCUCGUCCUUCGGCUCGCUCAUCGGGCCGUUCGGCGGCUUCUUCGCCAGCGGCUUCAAGCGAGCCUUCAAAAUAAAAGACUUUGCCAACACCAUCCCGGGUCACGGCGGCAUCAUGGAUCGAUUCGACUGCCAGUACCUGAUGGCCACCUUCACCCACGUCUACAUCGCCAGCUUCAUCAGGGGGCCGAACCCCAGCAAAGUGCUGCAGCAGCUGCUGCUGCUGCAUCCCGCCCAGCAGCUCGGCAUCUUCCACACGCUGCACUCCCACCUGAGGGAGCGCGGCAUGCUUCCCCCUGCUGGCGCCCAAUGAAGAGCACGCCCACUGGAGAGAGAGCGUGUCUGUGUGAGACUGGUGUCAGCAUGUACACACACACACACACACACACACACACACACACACACACACACUCUUAAAGUAUCUCAGAGCGACGGCUCUACAUUCGACUUUUCCAACCAGCUCAUGACUCUGAAUCGGAGGAGACUCUUUCGUGACUAUGUGGUCGGAAAAGAAAAACCCAGACGCAGACGACGGCAACAACAACAACAACAACAACAACAUCACCGUGGCUCCGGUUGCUGUGCACUCGGCACGUGGACUCCAGCACGCUUUCGAAUGGGACCGAAGAGGAAAACGUACCCUCUGACUCUGGAGCACGCGUUCCCUUUUUGUCCGUGGACGGCGGACAUUUGCACUGACUUCAGCCGGACAGGCGGUUUCUUUUUAAAGAAGCUUUUACCGGCGUGAAACUGGAGCCCCGAAGUGUUUCGCAACAGAACUAGAGACUGUGUGUGUGUGGGGGCGGAGCAAUGAUGCAGCAAGGUCGUCCCGAUCCCAUUUUCUACACCCUGCUCCUAUUUAACGGUCCUCGCCGCGUAAAGGACUCGCGUAGCAUGUACGCGAGUCCUAUCGGCCAUCUUUUUUUCUCCUCUUCCGCGGCGGGAAGCUUUUUAGCUUUUUAAGAAACGACUCGCACAAGUAACGCCGGUGGACCGAAGGCAUGCGAACGCAUCAGCACUCGAGUUAAACACCCUGUACAUAAAUAUACUGACCACAUAUUUAGCCGAGCAAAUACCUAAUAAUAUAACUACCUGUGUGAGCUUCUGGGGGGGAGGGCGGGGCUUAUGAAAAAUGAUAUGCAAGAGUAGAGCCGUAACUCCUUUUGUAGUUUUGCCUUUUAGCAUGAACACUUUAGAUUUCUAUGAGGUUAUGGACGUAGAUGUUGCUGCUGGUUUUAGAGGGUGUUGCUGGGUAGACUUUAAGAAUUAAAAGGAAUACUUUUGACGUUUUGGGGAAAAUCUGAGGUGAAAAGCGUAAAGAAGACUUUUUUAAAACCAUUUUCAAAAUUUCUCACCUGGGACCUCUGUUCCUUUUUUGUCUUUUUGUUGCUACGCUUGAGAUUGAAAAGUCCCAAAAAAAUGACAUAACGAGUCAGACGAGGAGAGGGGGGGGGGGGGAAUAUUCAGGGCGGAAACUGAAAAUGUCCAAGAUUAAAAUUGUUAAUUAUUGAGGGAAUAUUAUCAGAGAUUAAAGUUAGUAAAUUUACCCAAAACCUCCAAAAAGUAAGUUUAUUAUUUUUAUUAAAAAUUAAAAAAUUGUCUAUAUUCUGAAAUCAUGAAUAACAUGUAUUAAAUUAAUAUUUCUUUAUUUUUUUUCUCUAAAUAUAACGCCCCACCCCGACCUGUUGAUACCUUCAUAGUUUGACCUUUAAUGACACUAAUGAGCCGCCACUCAGUUGAAGUAUCUGUAAAAUGAGUUUGGGCGCUUUGAAUCUUUAAUCUUUACCAUAAAUGUGCUCGUGACUCGUAAAUCCGUCCGCACUCUUAGUUUACAUGUUCUGAUGAAGGAGUUCAAGAGCUUCAUGUACAAACACGUUACCCCAAAUGGUGAACUGGCCCUUUAAGAGAUGAAGAGGCUGAGCUUCCUUCGCCAAUUUAACCAAUGAUUGAUGAUGCACUGCAGUGGAUGCAAUGUUUGUGAAACUGUUUUAAAAAAAGGAAAAUCUUGCUAUUUUAAAGACUUCUUGUGCAUUACGUCACUGUUAAAUUAUUAUCUUUUGAAUGUAGUUUGCUGUAAAACUUUUCAACGUUUGUUUUCUAUAGAUAUAUAUAUUACAUAUAAAUUAAUAUAUAUAUAUAUAUAAAUAUAUAUUACUACCAAAGCACUGUCUGAUUUAAAUCUGAUUUCCUUGUUAUUGCAACGAGGGGGGGGGGGGGGGCUUCAGUCAUUAGGAUGAAGACGACGUUCUAAUUUAUUUGUCUGGUUUGUUCUCGUCAUGUUUUCAUCAUUUAUUUGAGGGUGUUUGUUUAUUUUAUUUUUUAAUUUGCUGUGUGGAUUUCUGGGACCAGCUCUAAUGUACUGUAUGGAUCUAUCACACACACACAGUCGUUAUGUAGUCUUAAGUGUGCCUCUGGAAUAAUGUGUUUUAAAAGGUUUACAUUUAAAUGAUGAAAAAACAUUUUAACCAUGGAAACUAUUAAGAAUUAGAACUUAAUCAUCUAAACUAUUUAACUUGUUAAUUUUCUUUUCUUAUAUUCUUACAUUUAAUUUUCAAUAAUCUUUAAUCUUUCCACUCAAGAGUUUUUGAUAGAAACUUUUUUUCUAAAAAAGACAAUAUUCACAGUUAUAGAUAUUUUUCAUAUUUAUCAUUGGUUAUUAUUAUUAUAUUUACAAUUAAGAAGUGUAUUAUUCCAUUGGCCUACUCCAGAUUUUUCAGAAAUAGAUCAAAAUUGUUGUUGCGGACUAAUUUAUAUUUUUAUUCAAAAAAAUAAUGUUUUAUUUUCCCAAAUGUCAGAUUGUUUGUUCGCUCGUCUUUUUAAUUUAUCAUAUUGUGAAUAUUUGAUUUGAGCAGAAAUGUUUUCCACUGAAAAUCGAUUAUCUUUGAAGUGAAUAAGACAGUGAGGAGGUAUGUUGUUAUUAAAGGAUCAUGUGUGGACCACAUACUGAGAUCUUCUCGGGGCUGUUUGUGACGCCGUUUACUGGACGAGGUGAAUAAAGUUUUUUUUCUUCUUUAAAUAAAUAUUUGGGGCGUGA